UGCAUCCGCGCCGCUUGCCUUAGAAAAAGCUUCUGGGAAGGCAGCAACGCGACGCUGCCCACCAGGGACGGAGAGGAGGAGUCAGCUGCUGCCAAGAAAAAUGAGGAGACCCAGACGGAGGUCCCACAACAACAUGCUAGUGCACACGUCUUCGGCUGCAGGGACUUCAACUUUCCACGCAUCUACUGGAAUUAUAAUACAGCAGAAAGGGACAACUUCCUGAGACAGAUGGUGAAGGAGCCAACAAGGGGAAGCAAAAUCCUGGACCUGCUGUUUGUUAACAGAGAAGGCCUUGUGAGGGAUGCAAAGGUUGGAGGCUGUCUGGGAUAAAAUGAUCAUGAAAUGAUAGAUUUUUUUGAUCCUUGCUGAACUGCAGAGGGGAGUCAGCAGAACUGCCACCAUGGACUUCUGGAGAGUGGACUUUGGCCUCUUUUGGACCAUGGUUGAGAGAGUCCCUUGGGAGGUAGUUCUGGAGGGUAUGGGAUCCCAGGAAGGCUGGGAGUACUUUAAGGAAGCUAUUUUAAAGGUGCAGGAGCUGACCAUCUUCAAAUCAUGGAAGAUGAGCUGUAGGGGAAGGAGACCGGUCUGGCUGAACAGAGACCCUAGGCUGGAACUCAGGAACAAAAGGAAAGUUUAUGGUCUUUGGAAGAGGGGGCAAGGAACUUAUGAUGAUUACAAGUAUGUAGUGAAGCUGUGCAGGGAGAAAAUUAGAAAAGCCAAAGCUCAGCUAGAACCAAACUUGGCCACUAAGGUGAAAAACAACAAUAAAUAUUUCUAUAAAUACAUCAACAGUAAGAGGAGGGCUAGGGAGAAUCUCCAUCCCCUGCUGGAUGCUGAGGGCAACAUGGUGACCAAGGAUCAGGAUAAGGCUGAUGUACAUAAUGCUUUCUUUGCCUCAGUCUUUAAUAGUAAGACUAGUUGCUCCCUGGGCACACAGCCCCUUGAGCUGGUAGAUAAGGAUGGGGAACAGAAUAGGCCCUGCAUAAUCCGUAAUGAAAUGGUUUUGAACCUGCUCCAAAAGCUGGACACUCACAAGUCCAUGGGGCCAGAUGGAUUGCACCUUAGAGUGCUGAGGGAGUUGGCAGAUGUGGUUGACAAGCCACUCUCCAUCAUCCUUCGACAGUCCUGGCUAACAGGGAAUGUCCCGGUGGACUGGAGACUAGCUAAUGUGAUUCCCAUCUUCAAAAAGGUCCGGAAAGAUGAACCUGUUAGCAAGAGACCUACUAAUCUCAUCUCGGUGCCAGGGAAGGUUAUGGAAUGGAUGAUCUCUGGAGCCAUCAUGAAUCAAUUAAAGGUCAACCAGGGGAUCAGGCCCAGUCAGCAUGGGUUUACGAAUGGUAGAUCCUGCUUGACAAACCUGAUUCCUUUCUAUGACAAGGUGACCCACUUAGUGGAUAAAGGUAAGGCUGUAGAUGUGGUCUACCUGGACUUCAGCAGAGCCUUUAACAACAUCCUUGUGGAGAAGCUGGCUGCCCAUGGUUUGGAUGGGCAUAUGCUCUGCCUGGAAACACUGACUGGAUGGCCCAGGCCCAAAGAGUUGUGGUCAGUGGAGUUAAAUCCAGCUGGUGACCAGUCACGAGCGGUGUCCCCCAGAGCUCGGUACUGGGGACGAAUGGUGUGNUGA